UGCUCUGCUCCACUUCUGCGAACGGAGGUAAAACACCGACUUCUGCUCUCUGACGUUAACUCGAACCAACAGAUUCUCAGCCGCAGCUUCUUCCACUGUUUCGUCCUGAUCUGCAGACACAGGCACCUCUCUCACUUGUCUCCCCCAUCUGUUUCACCUGUUCCUCUCACCUGUCUCGCGUAUCUCCGCUCACCUGUCGCCGCCAUGACAGCGGGACAGUUUCACCGGUAAAACGCGGACAACAAACGGCGGAGAUUAAACAGAAGAACGGUAAGAACGGUAUCGACUGAGCGAGAGUCCGGAGGAAUGGAUUUAAUGGACUCAGGAGCGAAAUUCAUCCCGGUACAGGGCACUGACUUGGACCCGACCCUUGAGUGCCUGCAGGCCUCCGACUCCAAAAGGUUGGAGAAGAAACCCGGAUGCAGGAAGCUGUUGAUCGGCGUCGUCCUGGUGGUUUCAGCUGCUGUUCUGGCUUUACUGACUGGAUUGCUGGUCUGGCACUUCCGUUUACGCAAUGAUGUCAGAGUGAGGAGGGUUUACAUUGGCUCCAUGGGGAUCAGUAACAAGCCUUUCCUGCCCGAGUAUGAAGAUCCCAGCAGUUCUCAGUUCAAUAGAAUGGCCUCUCUCGUUGGUCGACAGCUGAAACUGAUUUACGCCAAAGACUCUGUGCUGGAUAGAUACUUCCAAAGCUCUACAGUCGAUGCCUUCAGUGAGGGAGACGUUGGCAGCGAUAGCAUCGUGGUAUAUUACCAGUCAGAGUUUGACGUCCCCAUCCACCAGCAGGCCUUGCUGGACGAAGCCAUUGAGGCUCUGGAGCUGCAGGCAGGAAGACCGAUGGGACGACAUGGACGACUGCUGAUACAGCCGGUCAACCCUCUGGAUGUCAACAGUGUGCUCUCAAGAGCAAUUGAUCCACGAUUGACCAGGACCUCAUCAGAAAGGAAGACCUUCAACAUCCAUGUCCGUAACUCUGGACUCGUUCAGUCUCCAGGAUUUCCAGACUCCUCAUACUCUCCCAAUGUGUACCUGCAGUGGAGGCUUCGGGCCGACCAGGGCCACAGAGUUCGACUCAGCUUCCACACUCUGAUCCUGGAGGACGACUGUCAGCAAGACUUCAUCAAAAUCUAUGACUCGCUUGCUCCCAUUGAGCACCGAGCUCUGACAGAGCAGUGUGGAUACCCUCACCACUCCCUGUCCUUCCUGUCCUCUGGAAACGUGAUGUUAUUGACACUGGUCACUAGCGAAGAGAAGAACUUUCCCGGCUUCAGAGCCAACUAUUCUCAGAUCCCUCUGACCGAACCAAAGUGUGGAGGUUCACUGACUGCAGACAAAGGCUUUCUCUCUUCACCUUUCUUUCCAUCCAACUACCCUCCACGGACCUCAUGUGUCUGGAGCAUCCAGGUGGCAACAGACAAGUUUGUGAAGAUUCAGUUCAACACAUUCUUAGUGGGAAAUGAAAGUAAACAGUGUUCCAGUGAUUACGUAGAAGUCAACGGUCAAAGACUGUGUGGCCAUGGUUUAAAAAGCACUGUGAUCACCAGCCAAAGCAACCAGAUGACCGUCAAGUUCAACUCAGACUCAUCCUACGUUGACCAGGGUUUCACCGCUGAGUACGAAGCCUUCAUCCCAACCAAUCCUUGUCCGGGAAAGUUCCAGUGCAGCAACAACCUUUGCAUCAACAAGAGUCUGGAGUGUGACGGCUGGAGCGACUGUGGAGAUAACAGCGACGAGGCCAACUGCACCUGUGAAGCGACUCAGAUGAAAUGUAAAAAUGGUCGGUGUAAACCUAAGCUCUGGCAGUGUGACAGUGUUGAUGACUGUGGAGACAAUACAGAUGAAGAAACCUGUGUAAAAUGUAAAGGGGAGUUUUCUUGCAAAAAUGGCCGCUGUGUCUCAGAGAAGAUGAUGUGUGACGGGAAAAACGACUGUGGCGAUGGAUCUGAUGAGUCCAAAUGUGAAAGAUGUAAGCAGACAUGCUGAAAUUAUUUGAAAAGU